CGCUAUAGGUGGGUUUAGAAAAAAAGAUAUGAAAUUGUUGUAUCUUUGUGCUAUAUUUUACUAUGCAAAAGGGCAAUUUGAACCGAUGAAGAUAAAGCCAGAAAAAUGUUAUGGCACUGACGAACUGAUGGACAGAAAAUGUUGUAUCUUUCCGCCUUUUUUCAAACGGGAGGUGGCUAGAGCAUGCGGUGCUAUUUUUGCACUGGUAUUUAUAGAUAAAGAAUAUAAUGUCACAGGAAUGAGAAGAGAAGCCAUAAAAAAAUGUGAACAUUGGCGGUGUAUUUUAAGUAAGUAUAAUCUUUUAGAUGCAGAUGACUUCGUAAAUAAUGAAAAAUAUUAUACCCACCUCGACAAGUGGGUGAAUCUUAAUCAAGAAUUUAGUAACGUUAUGACCAGUGCCAAAGUGUAUUGCAGAGAAGAAAAUAGGCUUCAAAUGCCAUUGAAUGUUUGUGAAUUUUUUGAUUUUCAAAUUUGUAUCAGAAACUAUAUAACUGUGAGCUGUCCAAAAAUAAUAAAAACUGAAAAAUGCUAUGAGUGGAAAGAAUUUUACGAAGAAUGUAGAGAAUACUUCAUAUAAUUAAUUAAACAAAGACUUUUAUUAUUUUAUUUUAUUCUAAAACUGC